CCCCUUCUCCAAGUAGCCAAGAGAAACAACGGCCGUACAUUAACAGAGCUGUCGUCAGCCAAACAUAUGGCAAAAUAGACCUUGUUCUUUCUUUUUAAUGUGGUGUGUACUACAUUUUAAAAAUUCCGCCGAAAAAGAGAAGACGAUUUUCCGAAACAUUUUCGCCGUUAUCUCACGGCUCCCUCUUCUCUUUACAGGUGUAUAACUACUACCCAGAAGGCCUAGGGGCGUCCCUUUACCGGGAGCGCUUUGACUUCAACGCUGAGCCGCCUUGGGAUCCUAGCUGAUAGCGGGACGCGGCCAUCUACAGACUUGUCCAUGACCAACGGCUCAGUCGCUACUUUGACUACUUGACUACUACUUCUUUAUGAUUGUCUGCUGAAUAAGGUUGAGAUGAAAGGACUCGCUGACGAACCAAACCACAUGAUUGAACUCCUGGAGGGAGGAACCACCCUGGAAGAUGUCAUUGACGGGCAUGUGUACGAACAAGCUCUGGCUGAAAAGAGUGUGUUUGUGGUGUCUGACCUUGGGUCCCUGAUGAGACAGCAUGUCCAGUGGCAGCUCACCAUGCCCCAGAUCAGGCCCUACUACCAGGUCCAAUCCAACAGCAGCCCGGUUGUCAUCGAGGUCCUGGCCUCUCUCGGCCUCGGCUUUGUCUGUGCUGACAAGGCUGAAGUCAGUCUGGUGUUGGACCACGGCGUGCCCCCUGACAACAUCAUCUUCUCUGGAGUUUGCAAACAGCUGUCACACAUCAAACACGCAGCCAAGAAUGGCGUCGCCCUCUUGGUGUGCGACAGCGAGACGGAACUCUGCAAGAUAGCCCGUUCUCACCCCAAAGCCAGGCUGCUGGUUCAGGUAACUACAUGGGCCCAGGCAGCAGAGACCAGCAUGGAGUUUGGCUGCUCUCUGAAGAGCUGUAGACACCUGCUGGAGGCUGCCAAGGACCUGGGGGUGCAGGUGGUGGGAGUUACGUUUCACAUUCCCAGCUCCUGCAAGGACCUGCAGGCCUACACCCACGCGCUGUCGGAUGCCCGCUGUGUGUUUGACAUGGGGGCGGAGUUGGGGUUCAACAUGAGCAUCCUGGAUAUUGGUGGUGGAUUCUCUGGCUCAGAGUUUCAGCUCAAACAGGUUCAUACCGCCGUCAGACUGCUGCUGGAUGCCUACUUCCCCACUCUGUCUGGAGUGCAGGUCAUCGCUCAGCCUGGUAGCUACUACGUCUCCUCUGCCUUCACUCUGGCUGUCAAUGUCAUCGGCAAGAAGGUUGUGGCCCGGGACUGGAACGGCCUUGCUCAGGAUGAGCUGACCCCAGAUGACGAGCCAGAGUUCCUGUACUACCUGAACGAUGGCGUCUACGGGUCUUUCUCCAGCAAGCUGCUAGGAAGCACCAUCCCUGCCCCGGCUGUGCACAAGGGGGGGUCUAGGGCUGAGGAGCCAGUGUUCUCCAGCAGCCUGUGGGGUCCAUCAUGUGACAGCCUAGACCAGCUGGUAGACCACUGCCUGCUGCCGGAGCUCAGCCCUGGAGACUGGCUGGUCUUUAACAACAUGGGGGCUGCUGGUCUGGGGGACAUCUCCUCCUUCAGUGACCGCUCAGCCAUCAGACCACCUGUCUACUACACUGUCUCGACUGCUGACUGGUACAACAUACAGGAGGCUGGGAUAGCUGUGGACAGCAUCAUGAAGAACUUCUCCAUGGUCCAGUACGGUGCAUAGCUGCGCUCUGUCCCUCCCUCUCCGGUGUGACAUCCGAGAGAGAUCUCCUUACCCUGGGCUUUUAGUGGUCAACAUUCCAACGGCCUUGGAAAAUGCAGUGUUCAACUUUCCAGGAAGGUCGAAAUAGACUUGAGAUUUCCUGGGAACAGAAAACGAUUUAUUGGUGACCCAUACCUCCAAUUCUCAAUUUGUUUUUGGAAAAAAGAAAAAGAUCAACACAUUUAUCCCUCUUCCUACUCACCCCUCCUCCUCAGAUAGAAAACACAUUUAUCCCUCUUCCUACUCACCCCUCCUCCUCAGAUAGAAAACACAUUUAUCCCUCUUCCUACUCGCCCCUCCUCCUCAUAUAGAAAACAACAUGUUUAUCCCUCUUCCUACUCGCCCCUCCUCCUCAGAUAGAAAACACAUUUAUCCCUCUUCCUACUCGCCCCUCCUCCUCAUAUAGAAAACAACACAUUUAUCCCUCUUCCUACUCGCCCCUCCUCCUCAGAUAGAAAACACAUUUAUCCCUCUUCCUACUCACCCAUCCUCCUCAGAUAGAAAACAACACGUUUAUCCCUCUUCCUACUCGCCCCUCCUCCUCAGAUAGAAAACACAUUUAUCCCUCUUCCUACUCACCCAUCCUCCUCAGAUAGAAAACAACACGUUUAUCCCUCUUCCUACUCACCCCUCCUCAGAUAGAAAACAACACAUUUAUCCCUCUUCCUACUCGCCCCUCCUCCUCAGAUAGAAAACACGUUUAUCCCUCUUCCUACUCGCCCCUCCUCCUCAGAUAGAAAACAACACGUUUAUCCCUCUUCCUACUCGCCCCUCCUCCUCAGAUAGAAAACAACAUGUUUAUCCCUCUUCCUACUCGCCCCUCCUCCUCAGAUAGAAAACAACAUGUUUAUCCCUCUUCCUACUCGCCCCUCCUCCUCAGAUAGAAAACAACACGUUUAUCCCUCUUCCUACUCGCCCCUCCUCCUCAGAUAGAAAACAACACGUUUAUCCCUCUUCCUAAACGCCCCUCCUCCUCAGAUAGAAAACAACACAUUUAUCCCUCUUCCUACUCGCCCCUCCUCCUCAGAAAACACGUUUAUCCCUCUUCCUACUCACCCCUCCUCCUCAGAUAGAAAACACAUUUAUCCCUCUUCCUACUCGCCCCUCCUCCUCAGAUAGAAAACACAUUUAUCCCUCUUCCUACUCGCCCCUCCUCCUCAGAUAGAAAACAACACGUUUAACCCUCUUCCUACUCGCCCCUCCUCCUCAGAUAGAAAACACGUUUAUCCCUCUUCCUACUCGCCCCUCCUCCUCAGAUAGAAAACACGUUUAUCCCUCUUCCUACUCGCCCCUCCUCCUCCUCAGAAAACACGUUUAUCCCUCUUCCUACUCACCCCUCCUCCUCAGAUAGAAAACACAUUUAUCCCUCUUCCUACUCGCCCCUCCUCCUCAGAUAGAAAACACAUUUAUCCCUCUUCCUACUCACCCCUCCUCCUCAGAUAGAAAACACAUUUAUCCCUCUUCCUACUCGCCCCUCCUCCUCAGAUAGCAAACAACACGUUUAACCCUCUUCCUACUCGCCCCUCCUCCUCAGAUAGAAAACAACACAUUUAUCCCUCUUCCUACUCGCCCCUCCUCCUCAGAUAGAAAACAACACGUUUAUCCCUCUUCCUACUCGCCCCUCCUCCUCAGACAGAAAACACAUUUAUCCCUCUUCCUACUCGCCCCUCCUCCUCAGAUAGAAAACAACACAUUUAUCCCUCUUCCUACUCGCCCCUCCUCCUCAGAUAGAAAACAACACGUUUAUCCCUCUUCCUACUCACCCCUCCUCCUCAGAUAGAAAACACAUUUAUCCCUCUUCCUACUCGCCCCUCCUCCUCAGAUAGAAAACACAUUUAUCCCUCUUCCUACUCACCCCUCCUCCUCAGAUAGAAAACACAUUUAUCCCUCUUCCUACUCACCCCUCCUCCUCAGAUAGAAAACACAUUUAUCCCUCUUCCUACUCGCCCCUCCUCCUCAGAUAGCAAACAACACGUUUAACCCUCUUCCUACUCGCCCCUCCUCCUCAGAUAGAAAACAACACAUUUAUCCCUCUUCCUACUCGCCCCUCCUCAGAUAGAAAACAACACGUUUAUCCCUCUUCCUACUCACCCCUCCUCAGAUAGAAAACAACACGUUUAUCCCUCUUCCUACUCGCCCCUCCUCCUCAGACAGAAAACACAUUUAUCCCUCUUCCUACUCGCCCCUCCUCCUCAGAUAGAAAACAACACAUUUAUCCCUCUUCCUACUCGCCCCUCCUCCUCAGAUAGAAAACAACACGUUUAUCCCUCUUCCUACUCGCCCCUCCUCCUCAGAUAGAAAACACAUUUAUCCCUCUUCCUACUCGCCCCUCCUCAGAUAGAAAACAACACGUUUAUCCCUCUUCCUACUCGCCCCUCCUCCUCAGACAGAAAACACAUUUAACAGUAACAUAUGCAACUAAAUGGAUGACUGUAGAUGGAGCCCCGCUUCCAAACCAGGUUUAUUCAUUAGAUAGUUUACAUAAAUGUGUAAUUGGUUCAUUUAUAUUAUAUAUUGAUUACCUGUUGACAGUCUUGUAAAAAUCACUUGUCUGUUCAACAUGAUGAUGCAUUUGUCUAUAGAAGAUGAUUCGCCAGGUUUAAUAUUUAAAAUCAGUACUAAAUUUUUGCUUUUGACCCCAUAGUCUAGUUUAAGUGAGAUGUUAACCUUAACCCAUUCUUGAUUACGUUUCAUAUUUUGGGGGGGGGGGGGGGGUUAUUAAUUGCAUUUUGUAAAAUAAUAUGGAGCACGUUUGAGUUCCCGCCAACAUUUUCCCCAAGUACAUACGGUUUUACUGAGCAAUAUCUUCCGUGGGAAUACUGUUGUCUGUUUGAACGCUACAUGGAUAACUGUGAUUCCAUUGUGACAUCUUAACAUUCUUGCUUGGUGAGAGGGGCAUUUGAAGGAUUUGUUGAAGUGAUUUCUUCUCAGAGGAGUUCUGAACAGAACUAGCUGGGUUCUGUUUGCUAAUGUACAGACAGAACUUUACCAGGCUGGCAGAAAGUGGUCCUCGGUUCUAAAUCCUUUUGAGGAAGUGUUCUGGACAGGAAAGCCCCCUUCAGCAUUACAGCCCAUGGCUUUCACUCUGAUCAUGCUGUAAAGCUUCUCUGCUGGGUUAAGAGAUACAACUAACAUCAGCCUUGAGACUUGGACACACUUGGAACAUUUUGUUUCUAUAAACCUUUCAACCACAAGUGUGUUACAAGGCCUUGUUCUCUGUCGCCACAGCACAUAGCAGUCCACCAAUAGACUUGUCUUCAUAUUUAUGUGGCUCUAGCUUCUCAUGCCUCUCUUACUGUAUGGUGGUCUAACAUGGAGUCUUGUACAUUUUUUAAUGUCUAAAUAAGGUGACCAGAGCUGGACCCAUAUCUGGUUGUGCUCUUUCCAUCUCCAUUGCUCAUUGUCAAUCCCAGGCUGUUUGCCAUGAGAGUGAGUGACAAGGAAGUGGGCAUGAUAGCGCAAACAGACUGGCACGCAAGCUUGACCAGACCUGACUGAACUCUUAACUGUCCCCCUUGUUGGACAAGUAAAGUACUGGAAAUGACUUUCUAAGGCACUAAUGGACCGUGUCCUAUUUUUGACUGUAAAUUGUGCUUGUUAAAGUAAUGCAAGUGAUUAAUUUAAUACAUCUUUUGGACUGAAACCCUGUCUUUGGAGUUUUGCUUUUUUCAUCUCUGGGAAUUUACUAAACAAAAAUAUAAAUGCAACAAUUCGAAUGAUUUUACUGAGUUCAAUUCAGGAAAUCAGUCAAUAGAAAUAAAUUCAUUAGGCCUGAAUCUAUGGAAUUCACAUUACUGGGAAGGGGCACAGCCAUGGGUGGGCAUAGGCCCACCCACUGGGGAGCCAGGCCCAGCUAAUCAGAAUUAUUGUUUUUUUCCCACAAGGGCUAUAUUACUGACAAAUACUCCUCAGUUUUGUCAGGUGGCUGGUUUCAAAUGAUCCCGCAGGUGAAGAAGCCGGAUGUGGAGGUCCUGGAUUGGCGUAGUUACACGUGGUCAGCGGUUGGGAGGCCGGUUGGACGUACUGCCAAAUUCUCUAAAAUGUUGGAGGCAGCCGACGGUAGAGAAAUUAACAUGCAAAAGCUCUGGUGGACAUUCCUGCAGUCAGCAUGCCAAUUGCACACUCCCUCAAAACUUGCCACUUCUGCAGCAUUGUGUUGUGAGACAACUUCACAUUUUAGUGGCCUUUUAUUAUCCCCAGCACAAGGUGCACCUGUGUAAUGAUCAUGCUGUUUAAUCAGUUUAUUGAUAUUCCACACCGGUCAGGUGGAUGGAUUAUCUUGGCAAAGAGAAAUGCUCACUAACAGGGAAGUAAACACAUUUGUUCACAACAUUUGAGCGAAAUAAGCAUUUUGGGGAUCUUUUAUUUCAGUGUUUUAAUAUUUGAUACACAGUAACAGCAAAGUUUUAAACACCUACUCAUUCAAGGGUUAUUUAUUUUUACUAUUUUCUAUAUUGUAGAAUAAAUAGUGAAGACAUCAAAACUAUGAAAUAACACACGGAAUCAUGUAGUAACCAAAACAAAGUGUUAAACAAAUUCAAAUAUAUUUGAGAUUCUUCAAAGUAGCCACCUUUUGCCUUGAUGACAGCUUUGCACACUAAUGACAUUCUCUCAACCAGCUUCACCUGAAAUGCUUUUCCAACAGUCUUUGAAGGAGUUCCCACAUAUGCUGAGCACUUGUUGGCUGCUUUUCCUUCACUCUGCGGUCCAACUCAUCCCAAACCAUCUCAAUUGUGUUGAGGUCGGGUGAUUGUGGAGGCCAGGUCAUCUGAUGCAGCACUCUCCUUCUUGGUCAAAUAGCCCUUACACAGCCUGGAGGUGUGUUGGGUCAUUGUCGUGUUGAAAAACAAAUGAUAAUCCCACUAAGUGCAAACCAGAUGGGAUGGCGUUUUGCUGCAGAAUGAUGUGGUAGCCAUGCUGGUUAAGUGUGCCUUGAAUUCUAAAUAAAUCACUGUGUCACCAGCAAAACACCACCACAUCCAUGGUUCACAUGCAGAGAUCAUCCAUUCACCUACUCUGCGUCUCACGAAGACACGGUGGUUGGAACCAAAAAUGUCCAUUGCUCAUGUUUCUUGGCCCAAGCAAGUCUUUCCUUUUAUUAGUGGUGUCCUUUAGUAGUAGUUUAUUUGCAGCAAUUUGGCCAUGAAGGCCUGAUUCACUCAGUCUCCUCUGAACAGAUGAUGUUGAGAUGUCUCUUACUUGAACUCUGUGAAGCAUUUAUUUGGGCUGCAAUUUCUGAGGCUGGUAACUAACUUAUCCUCUGCACCAGAGGUAACUCUGGGUCUUCCUUUCCUGUGGCGGUCCUCAUGAGAGCCAGUUUCAUCAGUGCUUGAUGGCUUUUGUGACUUUACUUGAAGAAAAGUUCUUGAAGUUUUCCACAUUGACGGACCUUCAUGUCUUAAAGUAAUGAUGGACUGUCAUUUCUCUUUGCUUAUUUGACAUGUUCUUGCCAUAAUAUGGACUUGGUCUUUUACCAAAUAGGGCUAUCUUCUGUAUACCACCCCUACCUCGUCACAACACAACUGAUUGGUUCAAAUGCACUAAGAAGGAAAGAAGUUCCACAAAUGAACCUUGAACAAGGCCCACCUGUUAAUUGAAAAGCAUUCCAGGUGACUACCUCAUGAAGCUGGUUGAGAGAAUGCCAAGAGUGUGCAAAGCUGUCAUCAAGGUAAAGGGUUGCUACUUUGAAGAAUAAUAUAUUUCAUAUAUAUUUUGAUUUGUUAACACUUUUUAAGUUACUACAUGAAUCCAUAUGUGUUAUUUCAUAGUUGUCUUCACUAUUAUUCUACAAUGUAGAAAAUUGUAAAAAUAAAGAAAACCCUUGAAUGGUGUGUCCAAACUGUUGACUGGUACUGUAUUUAUAUGGUAACAUUUUGAAUCUGGCUUUACUACUAUAGCACAUAGUUAAUGUGUUUCUAACACAUUUAUAAAUGGAAAAACAGACAGUAAAAAAAUAUAUAAUCAAUAAGAUUGAAGUAUGUCCUAUAUCUAGGAUAUAAGAAAGCUCUGGAAAUAUAUUUUUUUACACAUUUAACCCCCAUUUUUUUGGUUGGCACAAAACUACCUCUGUACUUUUUAUUUUUUUUAAUCAGUACCAGGUUACUUUCAGAAGAGUCCCGGAACAGUUGUGUUUUUUCUAACCAAAUAUGUUCUGAUUUUCAGGGGGACUGUUGAUUAUUACUGCCGGUAAUACUUAGUUGUUCUUGUAAUGCCUCCUCAUUUAAUCCUGUUUUAUAUUAAUUCCAAAACAAUACAUUCAUUCACUGUUUUUAAUACACCUUCAAAAUGUUUUUGCUUACCCUGGUGUGAAAUAAAACCUCAUUCCAUACACGA